AUGUCCGCUGCUACUCGUAGCAAGCAGUGGCUCAUUGAUUUUGCCGCCGCUUGUGAACCCUAUGGCGGGUGCACUAUGACUUCUUGGCUCCAUUGGUAUGGGAUUAACGCCACAAAAGUUCAUGACUUAUAUGAUAUGCAUACGACAUUCCCUGAUAAGCCAAUCUGGCUCACGGAGUUUGCAUGCCAUAAUUUCCAAGAGGGGGAGCCACAGUGCACCUACGCCGAUACUACAGCAUUUAUGAACACUACCCAAGAAUGGCUAGAUCAACAGGAUUGGGUGCACCGUUAUGCAUGGUUUGGAGCCAUGAAAAAACCAGUGAUCAAUAACGUGAAUGCGCUCAUGGAUGCCUCCGGUACGAUCAAUGAUCUAGGAAAGCAAUACAUUGGCGAAACGGCCGCUCCUAUCAACGGAGGGUACCUCUCUGGUACUCCUGCGACCGCAGCAACUCUCCUCAUGGGCAUGCUCUCAGGGAUUGCUCUGACCUUUACCUAA